AUGGAAUAAAUAAAUUUGAUUGGAUAAAUUUUAAAGAAAGGGAAGUUUAUUGAUUUUUCAAGCACAUUAAAUGAUGAAAUAUAUGUAUUUAUAAAAAAAAAAAGCACAUAAUUCGAAAUCACUUUUGAGCAUUAUCACCAUCAUCAUCAUCAUUAUACACAGAUUAAUAAACAAAAGAAACACAAUCAUGUUAUAUUAAACAACCCUAUAAUAAUUAAUAACAACAAAGAAAAUGUUACAUAAUACUACAACUAUAGAUUAUAAUCAGUUAGUUGGUGGUUUUCGUGCAUAUCUAUGUCCAAUUAUUGCAAUGAUUGGUGUGAUAGGAAAUAGUUUCAUUAUAUUGAUUUUUUUAAAAGAAAAACCAUUAUCAAGAUUUUCAAUUUAUUCAAUCUUUUUAGCUAUUACUAAUAUGAUUACAUUAAUAAUGAAUACAUUUAUUGAUGAUUUUCUUGGACGUGGUUUAUAUUAUUUAACUAAUCAUCAAUACUAUUUUAAAUUAGAUACAAUUUCAAAAUUUUGGUGUAAAAGUGUUGAAUAUCUAUCGAAUACAAUGUAUUUUACAUCAUCUUAUUUAAUUGUUAUAUUUUCAAUAGAUCGUUUAUUAACUAUUCAUAAACCAAUUAAAUUCUAUUCAAUAUAUCAUAAACAUUGGGCUUUAAUUGCAUGUAUUUUAGUAUAUUCCAUUGGAAUAAUUAGUAAUUCACCAUUAUUAUUUGUACAAACAUUAAUAAAUGAUACAUCAAGUCGAACAAAUUUUACAUGUAGAAUGAUAUCUGAACAUCCAAUAGCAAAAUUUACAAUAGCAUUUGAAACAAUUGUUACAUUUACAAUACCAUUUUGUCUUGUAUUAUUUUUAAAUAUUUUCAUUUGUAUUGAAUUAUGGAAAUUGAAAAUUCAUCGAACAACUUUAUUACCAACUGAUUGUUCUAGGAAUCGUAUGGAAAUGGGACGAGUUUUUGGACAUUUAGCUUUGAGUACUGCAUUCUUAUUAUUAUAUUUACCAAUGGUAUGUUUUGUAUUAAUACGAUUGAGUCAAAGUUUAUCACAUGUGGAUAGGCAUAAACCUUAUGCAAUGAAUAUUAUUGAUUUGUCUAGACUUUUCUCAUCUGUUAAAGAUAUUACUUAUGCAGUGAACUUCUUCCUGUAUUUAAUAUUCUUGCGAAAUUUUAGACAUGGAUUUCAACGUUUAAUCUGUACAGUAUAUUGUAAAAAGGUGUCAUCAAGAUCAUUGCAUAGACCCCAAAGAACUGAAGAUUGAAUAUACAUCAAUGUACUUUUUGAUUAGUUAACAGAUUCAUAUUUGUUUGGUUAUUUUUUGAGUUUAAACGCUGUUAUGCCAGAAAUAAAGCUUGUUAACAGAUUCGCAUAACAUUGAUUUUUUUUGUCAAACACUAUUUUCUCGAUUAAAUAGUUAUGUUGGUGAGCUGGAUUGACU